AUGGCGGAGCCGGGAGAGGAGAGCCUGAGCCUCGGGGUAGGACAGCGGGCUGGCUCUCCAUUUGCUCUCUGUGGAAGUGAAGGAUGGGCACACGUGUGCGGAUCCCUGCUAGAUCACCUGGAGGAGCUGACUAUCGAGCAGCUGAGGAGAUUUCAGUGGCUCUUAGUCCAGCAUGAGAGAGAUGGAAGCCGGCCCAUCCAGAAGAGCCACCUGGAGAAAGCUGAUAGAGAGGACACUGUGGAUAAACUGGUGCAGGUUUACGGGGAAGAUGGUGCUUUGGAGGUGACACUGGAUAUCCUCUACAUGAUGAAAUGUUUCAACCUCACACGCAAGUUAAUUGAAGAGAAUGCACGCAGACAUGAGGGACAUCCAACACCUGAGAAUGUGUCCUCCUCUUCCCCUCAUGAGGAGAGGCAUGGGGAUUUCUCCAUUGAAGAGGAUUUGACAUGUCGGAUUUGCUAUCAAGUUUUCAGCAAACCUGUCAUGCUGCAGUGUGGCCACAGCUUCUGUAAGGACUGUGUGGACAAUUACUGGAAAGUAACAGUCUUCCACAAGUGUCCGCUUUGUAAGAAAUUCCUACCCGACACUAAACCCUCUGUUAACUUUGCUCUGAAGAAUUUAAUUGAAAAUUACAAAGCAAACAGAAGUCUCAGUAAUCAAUCAGGACACGAAGAGAACCCAGAGUCAUGUCAGACUCUCCCAAAGACAGUCAAAGAGAAGCAGGAAGCUUUUGAAAAGAUUAAACAUUUCUGUGAUGCAUCAAUUGAACACAUUAAGAUGCAGUCCCAGGAGGCACAGGGGAAGAUGAAGGAGGACUUUGAGAGCCUCCACCUGUUUCUCCAGGAGGAUGAAGCAGCCAGGAUGGCAGCACUAAAACAGGAAGAGAUGCAGAAGACGCUCUUGAUGCAGAGGAUUGUGGAGACGGGCAGAGCUGCAUUCUCACUAAUGCUUACAACUGUGCGGAUCCCAAAACUGCUGCUAGAUCACCUGGAGGAGCUGACUAUCGAGCAGCUGAGGAGAUUUCAGUGGCUCUUAGUCCAGCAUGAGAGAGAUGGAAGCCGGCCCAUCCAGAAGAGCCACCUGGAGAAAGCUGAUAGAGAGGACACUGUGGAUAAACUGGUGCAGGUUUACGGGGAAGAUGGUGCUUUGGAGGUUACACUGGAUAUCCUCACCAGGAUGAGCUGUUUCGAUCUCGCACGCAAGUUAAUUGAAGAGAAUGCACGCAGACAUGAGGGACAUCCGACACCUGAGAACGUGUCCUCCUCUUCCCCUCAUGAGGAGAGGCAUGGGGAUUUCUCCACUGAAGAGGAUUUGACAUGUCGGAUUUGCUAUCAAGUUUUCAGCAAACCUGUCAUGCUGCAGUGUGGCCACAGCUUCUGUAAGGACUGUGUGGACAAUUACUGGAAAGUAACAGUCUUCCACAAGUGUCCGCUUUGUAAGAAAUUCCUACCCGACACUAAACCCUCUGUUAACUUUGCUCUGAAGAAUUUAAUUGAAAAUUACAAAGCAAACAGAAGUCUCAGUAAUCAGUCAGGACAUGAAGAGAACCCAGAGUCAUGUCAGACUCUCCCAAAGACAGUCAAAGAGAAGCAGGAAGCUUUUGAAAAGAUUAAACAUUUCUGUGAUGCAUCGAUUGAACACAUAAAGAUGCAGUCCCAGGAGGCACAGAGGAAGAUGAAGGAGGACUUUGAGAGCCUCCACCUGUUUCUCCAGGAGGAUGAAGCAGCCAGGAUGGCAGCACUAAAACAGGAAGAGAUACAGAAGACGCUCUUGAUGCAGAGGAUUGUGGAGAUGAGCAGAGCUGCAUUCUCACUGUCUGACAACCUAAAACACAUUGAAGACCUCGGAGCUGACAUCUCAUUUGUGCAGAACUUCCAGACUGAAUUGGAAAGAGCUCAGAGUGCACUAUCAGAUCCAGAUCUCCUACCACGUGCACGGAUAAACAUGGCUGAGCACACAGAAAACCUACAGCUCAGAGUCAUCAAGAAGCUGUUAACAGGCAUAAAAAACAACCCUGCCAUUCUGGACCCAAACUCUUCUUUUGCACAUGGCAGUAACAAGGAUGAGGAAGAUGAAGUCAUCAUCGGUCAUGGAUCAAGUCAAACUGAUACAUAUCUAUGA